GUGAGCGCCGAGCGGGCGGCGGCGGCGGGGGCUCCGCCGCAGCGACGCGGGCCGGGGCGAGCAAGAGGGAGUGCAGGACGCGCGGCCGCCGCCCCCAGCGCAGCCCGCAGGGCCCCGGGACCGCCGGGCCUGGCCGCCGGCCGGCCGUGCGCCGAGUUCAGCCGCCCCCGGCACGGCCAGGCCAGCAUGGUGGACCACUUGCUUCCAGUGGACGAGACCUUCUCGUCGCUGAAGUGCCCCGUUGGCUAUCUGGGUGACAGGCUGGCUGGCGGGCGGGCAUACCACAUGCUGCCCUCGCCCCUCUCGGAGGACGACAGUGACGCCUCCAGCCUCUGUUCCUGUGCCAGCCCUGACUCGCAAGCCCUUUGCUCCUGCUACAGCGGCGGCCCCGGGGCCGAGGGCCAGGACAGCAUCUUGGACUUCCUGCUGUCCCAGGCCACGCUGGGCGGCGGCGGUGGUGGCAGCGCUGGGGCCAACGGCAGCCCCAUGGCCUGGGGGACCUGGCGGAAAGCACCGGCACCUGUGAAGGGGGAGCAUUUCUGCUUCCCCGAGUUUCCUGUGGGAGACCCCGAUGACGUCCCGAGGCCCUUCCAGCCCACCCUGGAGGAGAUCGAAGAGUUUCUGGAGGAGAACAUGGAGCCAGGGGUGAAGGAGGCCCCAGAAAGCAACAGCAAGGACUUGGAGGCCUGCGGCCAGCUCUCCGCCGGGCUCCACAGGAGCCACCUCCAUCCUGGGGCCGGUGGGAGAGAGCGCUGUGCCCCCCCGCCGGGAGCUGGUGUGGGCGGCAGCCAGAGCCCAGGUGGGGGUCCCGCCCCCGACGGCCCAAUCCCCGUCCUGCUGCAGAUCCAGCCGCUGCAGGUGAAGCAGGAGUCUGGCGUCGAGCCCGUCUCCCCCGGGCAGGCCGCUGAGAGCGUCAAGGUGGCCCAGCUCCUGGUCAACAUCCAGGGGCAAACCUUCACGCUGGUGCCCCAGGUGGUGCCCUCCUCCAGCUUGAACCUGCCCUCCAAGUUCGUGCGCAUCGCCCCUGUGCCCAUCGCCGCCAAGCCCAUUGGGUCGGGACCCCUGGGGCCCGGCUCCGCCGGCCUCCUCAUGGGCCAGAAGUUCCCCAAGAACCCGGCAGCAGAACUCAUCAAAAUGCACAAGUGUACUUUCCCCGGCUGCAGCAAGAUGUACACCAAAAGCAGCCACCUCAAGGCUCACCUGCGCCGGCACACGGGCGAGAAGCCCUUCGCCUGCACCUGGCCGGGCUGCGGCUGGAGGUUCUCGCGGUCGGACGAGCUGUCCCGGCACCGGCGCUCGCACUCGGGCGUGAAGCCCUACCAGUGCCCCGUGUGCGAGAAGAAGUUCGCGCGCAGCGACCACCUGUCUAAGCACGUCAAGGUGCACCGCUUUCCCCGCAGCAGCCGCGCGCCUCGGCCCUGACCCUGACCGGGCCGGCGCCGCCCGCCCACCCGCCCCGCCCGGUACUUCGUAGCAAUAAGUUAUUGGCCUCCUUCAGAGGGACUUGUCGACGUUCCAGGCCACCUUCUGGAGCCCCGGGAUGCAGACCCAGCGUCUCCACCCACCCCUGCCUGGGGGUGCCCGGAGGCGGCCUGGGGGCCCUAGUGCCUUCCUGCGGCCCGGCCCCUCCCCCGCUGGGUUCCCGGCCUGGGCCAGGGCUAGCGCUCGAUUGCUGGGGAAGAAGAAAUGUGCAGUUUUGAAAUGUCAGUUCCCGGAGGGAGCCGUGCCGGGAAGAAGGAAGUAGGCCAGAAGUCCAGGGCUGCACUGGAGUGUGAGCGUGGCUUCGUCCAAGAUGCCUCCCUUGGCCUGACCCCUGGAGGGUACGGUGGGGCGGUCUGGGGUGCAGGACCUGGCCUCUGGGUGGAUGUGGGAUUGGGUGACAAGCCCCCUCUCGGCGAGGUGGCAGUGCAUGUGCUUGAGUUAAAUGUGCCGGGCAGACGGACAGGUGCAGGUCUGCCCCAGGGCGAUGGUACCGGUGUGGCUCAGCCCCUCAUCCUGUUUCCAGACAAAUCCAGACAGCAGCCUCCGGGGUCACCUUCAGGAGGAGAGGGGAGCCGCUGCAUUGCGUGUAGAAGAGCUAGAUAGAGCCUCCCAAAAUCCUGAUUUAGAAAUGCAUUCCUUAUUUUGUCUAGAAAUUAAUAUCAAAUGAACUAGCUUGUUUUGGAGAGGUUUAUUUCACAUCCUAUGAAUGUAUGUAAAUAAAAUGUACAUAGGUGCAUCUACAUAAAAUCUUUUAAUAACAUGUCAACAUUGUGUAAAUUUGAAAUAAAAUCUAUAAAGCUGGUGUACAUAUGUUACAAUUAUAUAUAUUUUCUUUGGUCCUUCAUAAAAAUAUAUUUACUUUG